AUGGAGGAGGCCACUGAUGUGAUGGCUAUCACUCGAGUGGACUUGACGGCGGAACGAACCUGGAAGCAGUUUCGCAGCGACUUCUACCCUGAGGAAGUAUCACUGGUGCAAUUCGGACUUACACACGACAAAAUCGAGCCGAGCAUGGUGGUCUGCGACUUUGAGGUUGGGUUGCAAAAGGCAGCACAAGUUCAAUUUCCAGAUGCAGAUAUCGUCGGCUGCUACUUUCAUUUUAAGCAGGCCUGCCGAAGGAAGAUGAAGGCACUAAGCCUCCCUGAAAGUGAGGUCCUCAUUGCAAUGAGUAAGGGCUGUCUGGAUAUGCUGACUGUCAUUCCGCACGAGAAGAUCAAAGACGAAGGCAUCAAAUUUGUGAAAGGCAAGAUAAGAGACACGUGUGUGGCCAAGAGCAUUCGGAUCCGUGGAAGAUUUUGCGGUCAGUGGAACUUGACUGAGACCGAGCACUACACGCUGUACAACAACCUGUGGGGUGCCCACGACGACCCGAAGGGCACCCAGUGUACGGGUCUCGACAGCGCGCGGGGCUCGAACAUUGCCUGGCACACGAAUUACAGCUGGAAGGGCUCCAAGCUUCAAGUCAAGUCGUUCGCCAACGCUCCUCUUAAGUUUGACAAGGUGCCUCUGGCCAAGGUCAAAUCGAUCCCGCCGACUAUCAAAUACGAGUUUGAGUCCAAGGGGAAGGUGGUUGCCAAUGUGGCCUACGAUCUGUUCACGACCUCCACCCCUAAUGGAGACGCUGAAUACGAGAUCAUGGUGUGGCUGGCGGCUAUCGGACGAGCAGGUCCGAUCUCGGCCACGGAGAAGCCCAUCAAGACGGGAGUGAACGUAGGUGGUGUCAACUUUAACCUGUACCACGGCAAGAACGGCAAUAUGACGGUGUACUCGUACGUCGCUUCCAAACAGACGAACAGCUUCAGUGCCGACUUCAAGCAGUUCUUCCGCAAGCUGCCGGCGAAGGUACUAUGA